CUCUCCAUCCCUGCCCUUUUCAUAACCGCUCGAAGCCCAGAAAUACAAAUCUCCAUAAUCAUGUCUAGCGGAUUCGCGCGCAGCACCUACAAACUGUUCGUGGGCAACCUGCCGUGGACAAUCAGCAGCAAGGAGCUGCGGACCUACUUCUCGAAAUAUGGACACGUGGCCAACGCGGAGGUGGUCUUCGACCGGCAACUGGGCCUCUCCAAGCACUACGGAUUUGUGGUCUUCAGCCAGCGGGAUGCCUUCAACAGUGCCAGCAACCAGAACACCCACUUUCUGGAGGGCAGAGUGCUCACCGUGCAGCGCGCAAAUGAAAGUCCUCAAGGAUAAAAGAUGAUAGAUGACAAUUAGAUUGAUUUACUGGUUAGACCGAACAGAGAGCAGUGGAGAUGGUAGCUUAGUUUUGUACACAAAUGAAGGCAGCACUCGCUUUAAGUUCCGA